AUCGGGUAAGACCUCAAUUGAAUCAACACAGCUGAAGCAGAGGUACGAAUGAGACACGACUUCUAUUGAACACGGAUUCGUUGGCAUAGAAAGUGGGUCAAACGUCAAGCCAUGACUCCAAUCCUUGCAUUUGUUUUCGUACAUAUUACCAGCGCUCUGGUGGCUGCAUCCUGUCCACUAGGCUGGCAAUCGUUUGGAGAGUUCUGUUAUGUCGGCUUUCCUGGAGUUAGUAGGACAUAUUUGGAGGCCUACUUAGUAUGCAGCCGAAACUCCAUGGGAAACCUAGCUUCCAUUCUGUCAAAAGAGGAAGAAGACUUCAUUGACAACGUUGUGCUCGAAGAAACCUUUGGCUCAGCGGAAAAGUGGUGGAUCGGCUUGUCUAGGGGGUUGACGUGUGGAAGCAAUAACGAGUACACGUGGUCCGACUUUUCUAUUGUGGAAUACCUGAACUGGGCAGAGAACAGAACAAAUGAGAAUACAACCGAACAGUGUGUCUCCUUCAAAAGGGGUGUGGGCUUGGAGCCUACGGACUGUAAUGCCAAGAUAGCCACGAUUUGCAAGCAGAAGGCAUCAGGGACAAGAGUGUGUAACUCUUCCGCAAACCUGAUCGGUGAAAAAUGUGUACAAGAAUUCUCAACAAACUUAACCCAACCUCAGGCUGAAAUGGACUGUAAUGCACGAGGAGGCAAUCUGCUCAGCAUUCAUACCCUGUUCGAACAGAGUGUCGUUCAGGAAUAUUUCACGAUGCGCAGUUUAUCCAAAUCUUUUUGGAUAGGACUCCGGGGGGACGAUGCUAAAGGCGAAUUUGUAUGGACGGACAUGUCGGAAGUGAACUACGUGAACUGGAACACUCUGGAGCCAGACGAGGCAGAUUUAAAGAACGUCGGUGCUCUUCUUACACUUGACGAUGGACUUGGUGAAUGGUUUGACGCUUCGGAUCAAAUGAAGAGACCUUAUUUGUGUCAGUUUGACCUAUUGGGCAAUUGUUCUCUGACAUGUCCCACUGGCUUUGUAAGGAACAACUGCGGUGUAAAGCUUUGUCAGUGCAAAGACCCGUGUAAGGACGUGGUAUGUGAAUCUUUCGAAGUUUGCAAGGAAGGACGUUGUGUUGGACCUGUUUGUCCGGUAUGUGAGUGCAAGACGUGUAAAACUGGUUACGUCAUUGACCGAGAUGGCUGUCAAACGUGUCGUUGCAAAGAUCCGAAAUGUGAGCGGGUCAAGUGUGAAAAAGGAUGCACCUGUAUUUCCGGACAUUGCUGCCCGAACAGCGUAUUGUCUCAGAAGUGCGACGAUCCUUGUGCUGACUACAACUGCGGCUACUUUAAAGUCUGCAAACCAUACUGCAAUUGCCUUGCCAAAUGCGUCAGACGCUUUCCACGCAAAUGGCGCCGUGGACGACGUCAUCGGGGCCACAAACGCCGCCGUGGCCACAAACGUCACCGUGGCCACAAACGCCACCGUGGCCACAAACGUCACCGUGGCCACAAACGUCACCGUGGCCACAAACGUCACCGUGGACACAAACGUUACCGUGGCUACAAACGUCGUGGAGGUUACAGGCGCAACAGACAUUAGAAACGUCACAGCCAUCGCGGUUACAGCUGUAAUGAAUGUAAAAGUCUGUCAGUCAAUGUAUUUAAAAUUAUGACUUUUGAAUAA